AUGAUCUCCGACGACGAUCUCUUCAGCCUGGCCAUCUUCCUCGGCUCCGUGGCCAUGCUCCUCAUCGUCCUGUACCACUUCCUCGAAGUCAACGCCAAGUCCGACGGCCAAUCCGACAGCAGUGCUGCAGACUCGACGGCAGCAAAGAAGAUCCCCCUGGGCGCUGACCCUGUUGCAUUUACGCCAGGCUCUGCUGUCGCUUCCAAGUCUCUCAUGCUUUCCUCCCAGCUCAAAACGCCGUAG